UUUGGCGCAUGCGCAAACACAUCGGCAAAGCGGAAAGUCCAAGAUGGCGGACUAAGCGGCGUGGCUUUCUGGAGAAGUUUCACAUUUACGAUCUUAUAGAUUCAAAUACCUCAACUAUUUGCCUUUUCUUAAGCUCACCACACGGACUUUGAGUGUGGAGCGACGGCGUGUUACCUGAAGUGAAGAUUGAAGACGUGAUAGAAGAUGGACGACUACUGCUAUGCUAAGAUGGUGACGUCAUGUCAAAGAGAAAGUGAAAGAGAAUCAAAGGAGAACAAUCUGAAAAGCGAAGAUGAAGACAUCCAGCAGCUGAUGGGUAAUCCAGAAGAAGUUUCCCCUCAGUCAGGGGGGAGCUCCACUUUGAAGCAGGAGACUCCACAACCACCCUGCAUUAAAAAGGAAGAGGAGGAACUCUUCAUCACUCAGGAGGGAGAGUGUCUUCUAGGACGAGAGGAAGCUGAUUACACCAAGUUUCCACAGACUAUUGUCUCUGUGAAGACUGAAGAUGAUGAAGAGAAACCACAAGUAGACAACCUCUUAGCUCCACUAUCAGAUAGUGAGGCUGAAGACGAGGUUGAAGAACCUUUGAGCAGCGAUACAGACUGUGAAGGUGAUAUGAGGACUCACACUGACAACAAACACUCUGAAUGCUCUUCAAAGAAGAGAGGUGAAACAUGUUUGAGCUGCUCAGUUUGUGCUGAAAGUUUUACUCAAAAAAGCCAUUUGACUCAACACAUGAGAACACACACAGGAGAAAAAACAUUUAAGUGUUCAGUUUGUGGCAAAAGCUUUUCUCGAAAUAAAUCUUUGACUCAACACAUGAGAACACACACAGGAGAAAAAACAUUUAAGUGUUCAGUUUGUGGCAAAGGCUUUUCUCAAAAUGGCAAUUUGACUCAACACAUGAGAACACACAAAGGGGAAAAACCAUUUAAUUGUUCAGUUUGUGGCAAAAGCUUUUCUCAAAAUGGCAUUUUGACUCGACACAUGAGAACACACACAGGUGAAAAACCAUUUAACUGCUCAGUUUGUGGCAAAAGCUUUUCUCAAAAUGGCAGUUUGACUCAACACAUGAGAACACACACAGGAGAAAGAUCAUAUAAGUGUUCAGUUUGUGGCAAAAGCUUUUCUCAAAAUAGCUAUAUGACUCAACACAUGAGAACACACACAGGUGAAAAACCUUUUAACUGCUCAGUUUGUGGCAAAAGCUUUUCUCAAAAUAGCCAUUUGACUAAACACAUAAGAACGCACACAGGAGAAAAACCAUUUGACUGUUCAGUUUGUGGCAAACGCUUUUCUCAAAAUAGCUCUUUGACUGAACACAUGACAACACACACAGGAGAAAAAAUAUCCAAGUGUUCAGUUUGUGGCAAAAGCUUUUCUCGAAUUAGCUUUAUGACUCGUCACAUGAGCACACACACAGGAGAAAAAACAUUUAAGUGUUCAGUUUGUGGAAAAAGCUUUUCUCGAAAUAGCCAUUUGACUCGUCACAUGAGAACACACACUGGAGAAAAAACAUUUAAGUGUUCAGUUUGUGACAAAAGCUUUUCUCGAAAUAGCCUGUUGACUAAACACCUGAGAACACACACAGGAGAUAAACCGUUUAAUUGUUCAGUUUGCGGCAAAAGCUUUUCUCAAAGUGGCUCUUUGACUGGACACAUGAUAACACACACAGGUAAAAAACCAUUUAGUUGUUCAGUGUGCUUUAAAAGGUUCACACAUAAAGCAGACGCAGUAAAACACAUGAGAACACACACAAGAGAAAAAAUAACAAAGUGUUCAGUUUGUGGCAAAAACUUUUCUCGAAAUAGCUUAAUGACUCGUCACAUGAGAACACACACAGGAGAAAAACCAUUUAAGUGUUCAGUUUGUGGCAAAAGCUUUUCUCGAAAAAGCCAUUUGUCUCGUCACAUGACAAUACACUGGAGACAAAACAUUUAAGUGCUCAGUUUGUGACAAAAGCUUUUUCUCAAAGUGGCUCUUUGACUGGACACAUGCGAACACACACAGGUGAAAAACCAUUUAGUUGUUCAGUGUGCUGUAAAAGGUUCACACAUAAAGCAGACACACAAGAACACACAAGGGAAAAUAAGCAAUAAGCUAUUUGGUUUGUGGUAUGUUGCUCAUAUGUGGCGACAUCCACCCUACCCAGGACCUCCUCACUGCUUCUUUCACAAAUAUCUGAGGUAUUCAUACAAACUUGGAUUAUU